UUAUUUCACCAUUAUUAUUGUUUUUUUCCCCCAAAUAAUUAAGUUAAACACAUCAGAACACAUUGAUAACUUAAUGUCUAGUGUGAGAUACCAGGCUCCUGUAUUUUCUAUUUUGGUGUUGGGGAUAAACUAACGACUGAAUCACAUGUUGUAUCGUUAAGGAAACCCACUAACUCCCUUUGGGAGAAUGUUUUAGUUAUUUUUAAUUUGUUUGUUUUUUUUUUAUUAGUGCUUUAGCAAAAUUCCCCAAGCCACUUAUUUAUAGAUCAUUCCUGAGAAGUCCCAUUUUAUGUGUUCAGAGGAUUUUCCCUUUUUUGAUUCCACUGUCCACCAGCUUGAAGCAUAAAUUUCCCAAACACAAGUUGAGUUGUUACUAGGAAAGUUAAGAGAACAAUUUCUCUGAAAAAGUCAAUACAUACUCUAAAAAAGGCAUCAUCCAGGCACAUCUACUCAACAUUCAGAUGAGCAAGCCUCUUUAAAAAACACACAAUCUCACAACAUGAUGUAUGAUUAGGUUAAAAGUCCAGAUCUCAGCCUCAAUAAGCUUCAGGUGUUCAACAAGUAAGGGGUACUCCUACUUUGACUUGUAAAGCCAUGGUUUGUUUACCCAGCUUGAUGGAAAUCUUUAAAUUGUUUUUGAGGUUAUCCGAGGCAGGGCCAGGUAAGCUGAAAAAGCACAUAGUAAAAUAAGUCAAGCUAUUUCCAUACACGACUGCAUAAUUGUUUUUCCAGUGAAAAACAAAAAACAUACACAGAGAUUGUGCUGUGCAGUGAUCUUUUCUGAAGUAUAAAAGAUCAACAUUCAUCCAGAUCAGCAUGCAGGUUGCAUUUAGUUUACUCUGAAAGGAAAACUGAACCUAAAUAAUGGAAACAAAUUGUCUAUUCUAAUGCUCAAAAAUAAAAUGAUGUAUUGUAGUUGGUAUGCAGGUGAUAGUUGAGCAUGGUGGAUGUUGUAACUACAGAAUUGAACAGCAAGAAGCAUGUGAUCAUGACUAUUUCGUAAUCAUAGGUGUCUAGUGAUGUAUCUUAUCUUUGUACAUCUUUGUCACACCGCAGUAUAUCUAUAACAGUUUAUGAGCAACGAAUGACUACUACAGGCCUAUUUUUGUGUUUAUGUUAGUAUCCAACAAAAUCUAAAAACGCUCCUAAUGUGGAUUUCCCACAGCUCCUCCAUCGGGUACUAAAUCUUGUCCUGUUUUAAAGAUAUUAUUGGACAUCUUAUCAUCUGGAUGACAGGGCAAAAUGAGGAAAUGUGUCUUUUCACGACAGAAAAAUUCCCUGUGCAGAUAAAACUGUUUGGUAAACAAACCUCUACAACUGCAGAAUACGUUGUUUCACUAAAUCGAAAGUCUGCUUGUUUGUUAGAGCCCUAAUCGAAUUCUGGCAGAUGAUUCAUUUUUCUUUUCUUUUUCUUUCCAUAUCAAUUUCCUGUAUAGAUGUUAAUGCAGCUUUAGCAUUUGAUUGAUCCAGAACAGUUUGUAAAUCAGAUGCAUUUCUCUUACACAUGGCAAAAAUCUCUAAUUCAUAAAAAUUAGUGUAUGACUGCAAAAACUAUAAUACUAACAUAAGCUACAGUCUGCAUGCCUGCCUCAUAAAAAGGGAAAACACACCCGUAUCCAAACACAAAUAUUAAACCCCUGAGUAACCAGCAGGGGAUCUAUUGUGUGUCUGUAAUGCAGGCUCAGUGGGUGUGGACUCAUGGCCAUGUGCUCUGUUCAACACAAGAGAGAUAAUCUCAGAAGCUGACCAUGCAGCAAACAAACUGUGUGCAUGCUGCUCGGAAGUCAGUCACUCUGCUGUUGCUAUUACCGUAAACCAACAGUGAGCUGAGCACCUUAUCAUGAAGUCAGUGAACAAGUCGACCACAACACUGAUUCAGCACUAAACCCACCAGCUGACGAGCAACAAGAGGGUGAAGAUGACAUAGAGACGGCGCUACAUGGAGAGACACUGUGGAUAAUUCAAUAUGUGCACUUUUAACUGGGUAGAUGAACUGGAGUUAACCAUAUUUGAGAGACAAAGAAAAGAGGAACUUUAGAUAACGAUGACUGAGGAACGAUAAUGGAAAGUGAAAGGACUAAAAAGAAAAAAGGAAGAUGCAACGGACCAGUGAGUAGGAAACUGUAUGGGGAGGAGAAUGGAAAAAAACCUUGGGGAGAGAGGGUGUGUGUGUGAGGUGUGAGUGUGUGCCUGUGUGUCAGGUGUGUGUGUGUGGGUGUAACUGCUGGUAACCAGGCAGGGACGGAACUCAUCUCAUGGGGAUGCGGGGUGGGGGGAGCGACUUAAUCAGCAAUGAACACAACCAGAGAAAAAAAAAAAAAAAAAAAAAUCCCACAAACAUAUGCAAAACACUGUCUCACUCAGACACAGAUCUCAAGCUUAGAGAGCACAGCCUCCAGGUCACUCACUGCCAGAAACAACAGUAAUCAAAUCCUGACAACCAAAUUUAGCUCAAAACUAUAACAAAAGACCACUCCUGUUGCUGUUGUUGCUGGUGAUGGCGCCAGUGGAAAUUACUUACGUUCUCCGUGGGACUCUGGAUGAAUUGAUAUAAGACACUCGGAGUAGCUGUUUAGAUUACCCUGAUCAGAAAAGCUGCUGAUGUCUAAUGUUUUACUUCCUCUACGAGAAGAGAAGGACUACAGGCUGAACUGUCUCAAAAGGAGUUUCAUCUGUGGUGGUGCUGUCUGAAUACAGAGAAGGCUAUUAUGCGCCAGCUUGAAGGGGCAAAAUGCAGCUUCCUGUUGUGCCUGGGGAUGAGUAUUAUGGUCUUCUCAGUUUUUUACUUGAUGACCAGAAUGCCGACAGAGCCCAAGCCCUUAGAGCCGCCAACUCACAGGCCCUCUUACAAUGAAUGUAAAGCUGUUCUCCCCGACACUGAAGAAGGAAUAGAAUGGCACAGCUUCAAGGCACAAAGCUAUAUUCUGAAUAGCCAUCUGCAGUGCUCCAAUUUGACCAGAGACCUUAACUUUAUCACAAGACCACUAAGCCUCGAGGAGGAGAACUAUCCUUUAGCAUUUAUUGUGACUGUUCACAAGGAGCUGGAGCUUUUCGUGCGCCUAUUGCGGGCCAUUUACAUGCCCCAAAAUGUCUACUGCAUUCAUGUGGACGCUAAGGCUCCUUCGGAGUACCAAGCGGCCGUACGGAAGCUUGUCAGCUGCUUUGAAAAUACUUUCCUCUCCAGCCGCAGCGAGACUGUGGCCUACGCUGGGUUUUCCCGUCUGCAGGCAGAUCUGAACUGCAUGAAGGAUUUAGCAAAGUCCCAGAUAGGCUGGAGAAAGGUGGUGAAUCUGUGUGGACAGGACUUCCCUGUCAAGAGUAACCUGGAACUGGUGCAGUACAUGCAAAGCAAAGAGUGGAAGGAUAGAAACAUGACCCCUGGGAUCAAGCAACCAGUGUCUAUGAGGUACAGGACACAUUUCCAGCACAAGGAGAUCAUUGGGUCUCAUGUAGUUGCGAAAGGGAAGGGACUGAAGAAAGGUCCUCCUCCACACCAUCUGGAGGUGUACUUUGGAACAGCCUACUACGCUCUCACGAGGGCCUUUGUAGACUUUGUUCUGAAAAGCCCAAUAGCCCACGACCUCUUGGAGUGGUCCAAAGACACGUUCAGCCCAGACGAGCACUACUGGGUGACACUCAACCACAUCAAAGAAGCUCCUGGCAGCAACAUAGAUGGAGGUUGGGCAGGAUCCAUCAGGGCAAUCAAGUGGAAGGAUCAAGAAGGAAAGGCACACGAUGGUUGCAAAGGGCGUUAUGUACGAAACAUUUGUGUCUACGGAAUGGAAGACCUGCCAUGGAUCAUUAACAAGAAGAGCAUGUUUGCCAAUAAGUUUGAGAGUAAGACUUUUCCUAAGGCGCUGGACUGUCUAGAGCAGUGGCACAGGAACAAGGUGCUCAUGCAGGCAACUGUUCCCAUAGAGCCGUCAUGGCGCCUGGCCAGCUUAAAGCAACUAAAGCAGCAGCAGCUACUUCAAGAGAAGUGCUAGGGCAUGAAAUUGCUGUUGGUAUCCUAAACAAAAGCUGGGCUACAGUGCAUGCAGCCCAGAUUGUUUGCACUCAUUCAGUGGUCACUUUGAGCACUGUUCACUGUAAAGACUCUGCAACAUGAGUAUUGUUGAGAGAUGUAUGUGUCUGUUUAUGAAACUGUAAGACGGCUGUUCUUGUUGAUAUUGAAACAAUAUAUAUGCCAUUCACUUCAGUUUGAAAGGCUACUAUCUUUGGUGGCCAGAGAAUAUAAGUAUCUUUACAGUAAAGGAAAAACAGUUAAAGCAUGUAAACAAGUAAAAUAACUUCCAUGGAGAAAGCAUACACAUAUAUAACAAGACACCGUUUGAGACCACUACACAACACAAAGUAUUGAAUAAACAUUUAAUAUUAUUUAAUUAAAUUUAUUAUGUAUUUGUUUUAAUUUGAUAUUGUUCAGCAUGU